AUGACAUGGGAUCAUUUGCAUGCAACACUGACGAGCUUGCUGGAAUUGGAGUUCUAUGCCCUAUAUUUGUGCAGCUCGCCUCAGCGAUCGGCCUGCCUCUUGGUGGAAACUGAGGCCGCAGAGAUGCAACAGGUGCAGGCGACAGUCUUGAAUGAAAUGAAGGACGAAUGGAACAUGCUCCAAGAGAUGGAGGGCAACAGAGAGAUGCAUGCAUUGCUGCGAAAGGAAUGUCCUUUCGUGUUCUUCCACCACUUCAGGGAGGUGCCCGUCUGUUUCGCGCAACACGAAUGGAAGAUGUGCCCGGACACGUUUUCCUGUGUGCAAGCCUGGUUCCCACGGUUCAGCUUUUCCUCGAAUAUCGAAGAUGUUUUCUCUUCUCUUCAAGAUGCAUGUCGCCGUGGUGUGAAGAACGGCGACGCAGGAUUGAGCAACUUGCAGUGUGUGUCGGUGCGAGCCAUUCAACAGAAGAUGGAUGUGGAGGGUGGCCCGAAGCUUGUGCAGCUCGAAAGCGAGGACUACGAAGGCAAUGCCGUUCGCAGUGCUGAGAUCCGAAUAGACGAUGUCUUGAAGCCGUACGAGACCACAAGUGCUUACAAUCACUGCAAAUCCCAGCUCAAUUUCCUCAAGGGCUUGAGGCUUGCAAAGAAGAGUGGCCGGGAUCUGCUCGAAGCUUCGGAGAGCUUUUGGAUUUCGGCAAUUAUGCAAAGGGGCCAGCUGCUUCAAAUCGGUGAAUCCUUCUACCUCUGUGUGGGCGGGGCCCCCGCAGUGCUCUAUGUGCCGGCAUUGCCGCUGGAGGAACUGAGACUGCUGUUCGAUGGACCUGUGCCCCAGGGCACACAGGACGAGUCGCAGAUGCUGGCUCAGGCGACCAGGUAUGCAGUGAAGGACCCGCUGUUGGAGCAUGAGAGGGUGAAGGCCCUGGUGAUCAAGAUUAGAAAUGGGCAGCAUCCUCUGCAAGCAAUGCUGCUGGAUGAUAUCGCCAAUGUCCGAGUUUUCUCCUACACUGUCCACUGGCUCCCUGCAAGCUAUUCUGCCAAACUUGGAGUUUCGCUCUGCCUACGAAGGGCAGCAAGUGGACUGCCCCCUGUGGUGGACAUGGUGAAAAGCAAAGCCAUUGUACGCCUGACAUCAGAGCAGCUCUCGAAGCUUUUGGGGGCCCACGGAGUUACAGCAAGAAAAAGCAGCACCAAGACGUUCAAGACGAGACAGCUCAUGCAAUUGCCCCUUGUCACCCAGCACUGCUCCCAAGAGGAGCUGACAGCUUUGGAUGACCUGCUGAAACAGAUUGAUGCAAAGAGACGAAAGCAGCCAAAGGAAGAGCAGCAAGGGGAUGAAGAUGAAGAGGAGGCACCGAUUGGUGAGAUUGUUAGGUUUUCUGAGAAACAAGCAAUGUUGGUUCUCAGACUCAUUCAAGCAAUGGCUCAGGCCUUGGAUGAGGCAGGGGACCAGGCUCACGAUCCUGCUGUGGAGUUUGCAGAGCAGAUGCUUGGACAGAUGCCGGACACCGAGGCAGGAAUCAAAAUCCCUACCCACCCAGUAUAA